CGGAGGCAGCGCAGCUCCCCCGAGAGCCCCGUCCCCGUGCUCGGCGGGGCAAGCUCCGCCCGGCUCUGCCCGCCGGGGGUGCGCAGCGCAGCGCAGCGGGAGCCGCCGCUAACCGCCCGCGGACAGGGGGCACCGGGGAGCGGGGCGAGGAGGAUGGGAGCGGGCGUGCGGAGCCGCCGCAGGGCAUGUUUUUGAGCCAUUUUUGAGGAAAUGUGGUGAAAGUCAACUUGCUCUGUUUUGGGGGAAAAUUCUGCUGAGGCUCGCAUUAGCCCUUUUGGCCACAGCCUUGCGUUGGGAAUUCAUGUUGAGCUGAUUGCCUGCCAGGACGCCUGGUCUCGUAUUCAGUCUCUGCUUCGGAGGAUAGAGUCCUCUCUCUCCCUCUCAUCCUUGAAAACACAUGGGAACAAAUAAGAGGAGAAACAGAGCUGGGAGUGGGAAGGGGAGGAGGCACUAGAGUUUCGCAGGGAGGAUUUUAGAUAAUGGGCUGUGUGCAAUGUAAGGACAAAGAAGCAACAAAACUGACUGAUGAGAGGGAUGGGAGUUUAACGCAAAGUUCAGGCUACCGCUAUGGCACAGAUCCCACGCCACAGCACUACCCGAGCUUCGGUGUGACUUCAAUUCCAAACUACAACAACUUCCAUGCCACAGGAGGCCAAGGACUGACGGUGUUUGGUGGAGUCAACUCCUCCUCUCAUACAGGGACGCUGCGUACAAGAGGAGGAACAGGUGUAACUCUUUUUGUGGCGCUUUAUGACUAUGAAGCAAGAACAGAAGAUGACUUAAGUUUUCACAAAGGAGAAAAAUUCCAAAUACUUAACAGCUCGGAAGGAGACUGGUGGGAGGCCCGGUCCUUGACAACAGGCGAAACUGGUUACAUUCCCAGUAAUUAUGUGGCUCCAGUCGAUUCCAUCCAAGCAGAGGAGUGGUACUUUGGCAAACUUGGCCGAAAAGAUGCCGAGAGGCAGCUGUUGUCGUUUGGAAACCCAAGAGGUACCUUCCUGAUCCGGGAAAGUGAAACUACCAAAGGUGCCUAUUCCCUGUCUAUUCGUGACUGGGAUGAUAUGAAAGGAGAUCAUGUCAAACAUUAUAAGAUUCGCAAACUUGACAAUGGUGGAUAUUAUAUCACAACUCGGGCACAAUUUGAAACUCUCCAGCAGCUGGUUCAGCACUAUUCAGAGAGAGCUGCAGGUCUUUGCUGCCGCUUAGUAGUCCCCUGUCAUAAAGGAAUGCCAAGGCUUACUGAUCUGUCUGUCAAAACCAAAGAUGUCUGGGAAAUUCCACGAGAAUCCCUACAGUUGAUCAAGAGACUGGGAAAUGGGCAGUUUGGGGAAGUAUGGAUGGGUACGUGGAAUGGAAAUACUAAAGUGGCUAUCAAGACUCUGAAGCCUGGCACUAUGUCUCCAGAGUCAUUCCUGGAGGAAGCCCAAAUCAUGAAGAAGCUAAAACAUGACAAACUGGUCCAGCUUUACGCCGUGGUAUCUGAAGAACCUAUCUAUAUUGUCACGGAGUACAUGAGCAAAGGGAGUUUGCUAGAUUUCUUAAAAGAUGGAGAAGGAAGAGCCUUGAAGUUACCGAAUUUAGUGGACAUGGCAGCCCAGGUGGCUGCAGGAAUGGCGUACAUCGAAAGAAUGAAUUAUAUACACAGAGAUCUGCGAUCUGCAAACAUUUUGGUGGGAAAUGGCCUAAUAUGCAAGAUUGCUGACUUUGGAUUAGCAAGGCUGAUUGAAGACAACGAGUAUACAGCAAGACAAGGUGCAAAGUUUCCCAUUAAAUGGACUGCGCCAGAAGCGGCACUGUAUGGAAGGUUCACAAUAAAGUCAGACGUGUGGUCUUUUGGGAUCCUACUGACAGAGCUGGUAACAAAAGGGAGAGUGCCAUACCCAGGCAUGAAUAACCGUGAAGUCUUGGAGCAAGUCGAGCGCGGUUAUCGGAUGCCGUGUCCUCAGGACUGUCCCAUCUCCUUGCACGAGCUUAUGAUCCACUGCUGGAAAAAAGACCCAGAGGAGCGUCCAACUUUCGAAUACUUGCAGGGUUUCCUCGAAGACUACUUCACUGCAACAGAACCCCAGUACCAGCCCGGCGACAACCUGUAAACCCCUGGUCUCCACACACUGUCACGAAUUGCCAGGUGUUCCUCAGCCCUGCCCCGCCUGCCCUUCAGCUUCCAACUCCGUGAUCGGCCUCCUACGAGUGCAGCAGCAUCUUCCAGCACCGCCGUGCACAGGAGGGGCUGAAGCUGGGAACUUCCGCAGCCCUCGCCUAUGACCACUUGUCCUAAUAAUCUGAAUGUCCUGGAUCAAAAGGAGAAAAACACUUGUUUUUUCUUAAUCAAAGACUCCAAAACUGCAUUGUAUCGAUGUUAUGUAAACUGCAAAACCUCCGUUCAUUGUAAAUAGUAACUCAGUGCCAAUAACUGAUCCUAGUGCUUUCCUUUUUUUAAAACGCAAAACCUAUGUGAUUUUAACUAGUCUUCUCCUGAUUCAACUAAAAAUAUUAUUUUCCAGAAGUGGCCUCUUUGUCUAAAACAUUUUUUUUCAUGUUUUAACAAGAAAAAUAAAAAAAAAAAAUCAGGACAGGUGUUUGGUUUUUUGCUUUUUUUAUAUAUAAAAUAUAUAUAAUAUAUAUACAUACCUGUACAUACAGUAUAUGGGUGCUAUUGCAGAGGAAACUCAUUUUGAAUGGAAUGAAUCCUGCUGCAGCAGUACCCAGAAAGUGAUAAUUUUACUGCAGACAUGAAAGCACUGGUGGGAUUCUGAAAGCCAGUGAUCUAAUUUUUGGCUUUUGCCAAGCAUGAUUUUUUUAAAUUGGAUUGCACUUUUUGUUUAUGACUAUGUACCUGUAGAUGGUUGUAACUUUGCUCUUUCAGGAAUCAUGUGCUGUAUUUACAGUAAUGUUUCCAAUGUUUGACAAGUGUGUGAUGAUUUGUUCUUGAAAUUAAAAUGAACAUAUUUAAAGCAAGAAAACUACACCAUCACCGUUUGAACUGGAAAAUUGAGACUGCAAGGACUUCUUGUAUCCAAACAUGUAUACUGAAAUGUUUCAAAAAGAUUUAUUAAACCGUGUAACCACAUUCAGAUGGUCUUCAGAUCAUAGCAUUUUAGCCAUGUCCACCUGCUAAACUGUUGGUCACGCAACUAGGAUUUUUCUGUUUUAUGUGUAACAUUUUUCCAUUGUAAAAUAAGUGUGUUAAAUGUCCUGUACUGCUAAUGAAAGUACUUUCUCUGUGUCUGCAAGUUCUCCAGUGGAAUUACUAUGCACUUCUUUACAUUUCAUGGGGGAUGCACAGAACAAAGUAUUACCUUUUCAGUUGUCUGUACCAGCCUUGAAUUACUUACGUUUAACCAAAAAAAA